AAUCGAACAUCCAAGUCGGCUUAUUUUCAGCUAAGGGAGACUGAAAUCAUAGAUGAAUUACUCGAUUGUCUGAUUUGCGAUUACAAAGAGAGAGGCGUCUUCUCCAUUAUCAAUGGAAUCCUCAGAGAUAACUGAAGAAGAAACGGUACCUAGAUCUCAGAAAAUGGCAGGAACUGUAAACUGGGGCACUGCUACUGUAAUUGGGGUAUUUGCUGGCCUUUUUUAUGGAGGUAGCAAGGAGGCUGCUGCUUCUGUUGUCAGUACCCUUCCCUAUAGCAAGGAUGCUGAGGUGAUGUUAAAGCUUGGGAGCACAGCAGAUAAGCGUGAACAGUAUCGGCUCAUGAGAGAUGCCAUGGAAAAAAGAUUUAUACGAGUCACUCGGGGCUCAAUAGUUGGAGGAAUACGCCUUGGAAUGUUCACUGCUGCUUUUUAUGGAUUGCAGAAUUUGCUUGCUGAAAAGCGUGGUGUGCAUGAUGUUUAUAAUGUUGUUGGAGCUGGUUCUGCUACAGCUGCAACAUUUGGUCUAAUUAUGCCAGGAUCACUCCAAUGGCGUGCCAGAAAUGUGAUGUUGGGUUCUGCUUUGGGUGCUGCAGUUUGCUUCCCUCUUGGGUGGCUUCAUUUGAAGCUUGUAGAGAAAGCCAAUGAAGGGACAGGGACAACUGAUGGCAAUGAAGUUAAGGGUGGUGUAGGUGCCGCAAUUGAGAGACUUGAAGGGCACUUAAACAAAGGUGAUGUUAAAUCCACAUGAACCAGAAUCUGAUCUUUUCUUCACCUGUAUGAUGGGUGAUAUAACAAAAUCCACAUUCCCUCUUUUCCUGCCCUGUUCCCUGUCAACGGAGCUGUAAAGCUCGCUAAUUUGGCCUUCAUGUUUUUCGUUCAGAGUGGAAUCCUUUAUGUAUUACAUUAUAGGAUUGUUUUGAUAGUUUGUGCUCUUCAUAGAUACAUGAAAAGAGCGUGGACCAACAUUUUGAUGUUACAAAAAUAACCAAAAAACAUGGAAGAGGAUAUGGUGUUUUAUCAGGAUCAUCUCCUUCCCUUGUCAAUAUUAUGGCAGAAAUAGUUAAUAACCAGACUAUUUUUUGUUUUUGAGGAUUA